AUGGCGCAGAAUAUGUAUCGUGUAGGCGACUGCGUCUAUUUUGAAGAUUCCAAUGCGGGCCCUUACAAUAUUAGAAGAAUUGAAGAACUGACAAAGAGUGGAACUGGUGGAAAUGCUGUGGAAGCUCGGGUCACUGUAUUCUAUAGGCGACGUGAUAUUAGUGCUGCUUUGCUCAAAAUUGCCGAUCAAGCAGAAAGAAGAUUUGAUGAGUAUUUAGAAGAAGACAAGGCAGAUUCUGAGUCCAUGGAUAUUCCAGGUCAAAACGCGGGUGCAAAUGCGAAAGAUUCUGAUGGGAGUGAAGGUAAAGAAAACCGAGAAGAUGAUACCAGCUUCGAUUGGGGAUACGCUGGACUUCCCACUGGAGCUGAGAAGUUAUCAAAAGCAGAUAGAUACAAACUAAGAUUACGAGAGUUGUUCCUAUCUAGACAAAUUGAAACAUUGCCUGCCUCACAAAUCAGAGGGAAGUGUUCUGUUUCAUUGCUCAGUGAUAUUGAAAAUCCUGAAUCUUACGAUAGAGAGGAUGCUUAUUUCUACUCAUUGGUUUAUGACCCUUCCCAAAUGUCCCUCUUAGCCGAUAAGGGUGCUAUACGUGUAGGAGAGAAGUACCAGGCUGAAGUAGCUGCAUUCAACCCUGCUCUUACCGAAACAAAGCAGGAACCAGAAGAUACCAAAGAGAAUGAGGAUCUCAUGAUAGCGGAAGAAGAAGAAACAGACGAUGACACUAAGAAGGAUGCGGCUAAAGGCGCGAUUGAUGAAACCGAAAGAGAAAUUCUUGUCUAUCAUCCUCACCACAAUCUCACUGAGAGAGAAAUUGACCAAUUUCUUAUUGUUGCAAGAGCAGUAGGCACUUUCUCAAGAGCUCUUGACACAAGCUCUUCUACGAAACUUCCUUCACUUCAUAUGACAGCAGCCGCUGCUUCGCGGGAUGUCACCAUAUUCCACGCUAUGGCAUUACUUCAUCAGGCAAACUAUAAUCUUGCUGAGGGAAUGAAGUUUUUGGUUCCACCCCCGGUUAAAGAAGAAUAUCCUUUGGAUGUUGAUAAAGCCACGGGUCAUAACACCAUUAGUUUGGGUGGGCCAAUCCUUAUAAGGGACCAGAUUGAAGAGUGGUCUGCUGCUGAAGCAAAUCUCUUCGAAGAAGCUUUAGAGAAAUAUGGCAAAGAUUUUUCAGACAUCAGAAAUGAUUUCUUGCCUUGGAAAGGAAUGCGGGAUAUUGUUGAAUAUUAUUACAUGUGGAAGACGACUAACCGAUACAUCGAUGGACGUCAUAAAAGAAUUGUUGAAGAAAAAGAGUCCAAAUUGAAACAGGUGUAUAUUCCAAGCCACAACAAACCAUGUGCCAACUUAAUCGGUCAACUAAAUACCACUAAUGUACUCGUUGGAGGCAGUGUUUGUGAAGGCUGCAAGGCAAAAGAAUCUGUAAACUGGUUUGCUUGGGGACCAGCUCAACUUCAAUUGAGACUUUGCCACACUUGUUGGAAUCAUUGGAAACGCUCGGGUGGUUUGCCUUUCAAGCAUUCUUGCGAUCGUUAUGAUCUCGAAGGCGGUACCGACAUAUCAGCUGUUGAAUCGAAAGUUACUCAAAUCAGCGCCAAUUCUGUUACCUCAGUUAAUCCUCUUGUUAUUAACAAAACUUCUGCCGCUGCUCAGAACCGCGUUGUCGGGACUGGCCAAAUCGUGGCUCGAUUGCCACCUUCUGCUCAAGUUCACCUUAACUCUGCUGUUAAUUCAUUAACCAAACCCGGAAGUUCUCUUAAAACGACAACUCCUCCUCCAAAAUCUAGUUCUGACAAAUCCUCACUGCCUCGCGCAGCUCCUUUUAACUUAAAAGCCUCCUUAUAUACCCGUGUUGCUCGUCGCCUUACACCUAAGUCUGUACUGAAUAUCAGGAAACAGGCCCGCAAUCCUCACCUAGAGAUAGAUGUAGCUAUUGUAGCUGAUUAUGUUGCUUCCAUAGACGUUAGAAAGAUUAUUGAUGCAGCCAAAGUUAUCACCAAUAGCCGAAUCCCUCCAGCAUUCACCAAUUUCCUAAAAGAUCGAAGUUCGUUAGUGAAGACUGAUAUAACAACGACCGAUGUUAACAAGGCACGCAAUUCCCUCCCUCCCAAGAAAUUUACCUCGGCCAGCAAUCUGUUCCGCUUCUUUGCCGGACCAAAUAUUCGUAAAGCCCGUGCGAUGGUGAUCAAAGAGAAAGGUUUACGACGACGACAAUUUGUUUAUGAUCCUUCAGCUCAUCUUAUGUUAAUUAAACUUUUCACUCAUUCUAAUAUGUGA